AUGUCUAUUCUCGUAACUACUUUCGAUAUGAUUGAAUCAUGGACAGUUAGUAUUUGGUUAUCGAUUAUAUUCUUUGGUCUUUUAAUAGCAUAUAUAUAUGAACAAAUCACAUAUAUAUCAAAACGUGGUUCACUUCCUGGCCCAAAAUUAACCGUUCCAUUUAUUGGUGGUAUAAUUCAUAUGUUAUUAGCACCCUAUAAUUUUUGGCAUGGUCAAAUGGAAUACGGCAAAUUAAGUUGGAAUAGUAUCAUCGGUCGUUUUUUUGUUUUAAUAGCUGAUAGUGAAUAUAGUCGAAAAAUUUUUGAAAAAUGUUCAAGUGAUAUGCCAUUAGUAUUACAUCCAAAUGCAAGUCGUUUAUUAGGACAUGAUAAUAUUGCAUUUAUGAAUGGUCAUAGACAUAAAACAUUACGUAUUGCAUUAUUACCAUUAUUUACAACAAAAGCUCUAUCAGUUUAUUUACAUAUUCAAGAACAAGCUAUUCGUGAUCAUAUGAAAAAAUGGUGUGAAAUGAGUAGAAUAUCAAAAGAUGGUAUUGAAAUGCGACCAUUAAUUUAUGAUUUAAAUAUUAACACAAGUUUAUCAGUUUUUCUUGGUCCUUAUUUAACUGAUGAUAUUCGUCAAGAAUUUAAAAUAAAUUAUACAAAUUUAACUCGUGGAAUGUUUGCAACACCAAUUUAUUUUCCUGGCACACAACUUUAUAAAGGUGUUCGUGCUGCUGAAUCGAUUCGUCAAUCAUUACAAUCUAUUGUUAAACAAUGUAAACAACGAAUGUCAAUUGAAAAUGAACAAGCAACUUGUUUAUUAGAUUUUUGGAUGAUUUCAACAUUAAAAACAAUUCAUGAAGCACAAAAUAAUAAUCAAUCAAUAUCACCACAACAUACUUCCGAUGAAGAAAUAGCUAAAAUUACAUUAGAUUUUUUAUUUGCUGCACAAGAUGCUUCGACUAGUUCAUUAACAUUUGCUAUACAUGAACUUUGUAAACAUCCGGAUGUACUUGAAAAAGUUCGUAAUGAACAAAAAUUGAUUCGUCCAGAUCUAUUAGCAUCACUUACACCUGAAAUAUUAACACAAAUGAAAUAUACAUGGCAAGUUAUGAAAGAACUUUUACGAUUACGUCCACCCGCAACACUUGCUAUUCAUGUGGCUAAUAAACCCGUACAAAUAUCGGAAGAUUAUACAGCACCAAAAGGUACUUUAAUUAUUCCAAGUAUAUGGAGUUCAAAUCGUAAUGGUUUUUCAGAUCCUGAAAUAUUCGAUCCGGAACGAUUUAAUUCUGAUCGAAUGGAACAUAUGAAAUUUGAUAAAAAUUUUUUAACAUUUGGUGCUGGACCUCAUGCUUGUAUUGGUCAACGUUAUGCUAUGAAUCAUAUUAUGUUAUUUAUUUCUCUUUUAACUGAUAUGAAUUUUGAACGUGCUCAUCAUCCUGAUAUGGAUAAAAUUAUGUAUUUACCAACAAUUUAUCCGGCUGAUGGUUGUAGACUUAAAUAUAUUGAAGCUCGUGCUUAA